AUGGCUGAAGCUGUCGUUUCAAUGGUGAUCCACGAGCUCAGGCCGCUCGGAAGCAUGAUGAUUGAGAAAGCUAAGUUCUUCAAUGAAGUUGGCGAUCAAGUUGAGCUUGCACAAAGUGAGCUACUCUUGAUGCACAAAGGAGGUAAACUGAAAUUUUUUCUUAAUAUUAUUAGAGAAGCUGCUUAUGAUUUGGAGGAUGCCAUUGAAUCUUUUGUCUUGAAAGUAGCUUACAAGAAGAAAAGAAGUUUCAAAGUAGUUCUCAAAAGGUUUGCUUGUUUUGUUAGCAGAGGAGUGGAUCACUACAAGAUCGGAUUGGAAAUUGAGAGCAUUACUAACAAGCUGUCCAAGCUGAGGUUGACUAUGCAAAGCUAUGACAUAAAGCAGGAAAGGAGGAAUGAUGGUGCUACUUCUUCUACAAGGCAACGAGAACGCAGGCUAACCUAUCCCCAUGUCAUUGAGGAUGUUGUUGUUGGGUUAGGGGAUGACGUAGAGAUGUUAGCUACGCAUUUGGUGGAAGACAAAGGCCCUCGAGUUGUUUAUAUUUGGGGCAUGGGCGGCUCUGGAAAGACCACUCUUGCAAAACAAAUUUUCAAUUAUAAGAAAGUCAAGUGUUAUUUUGAUUGUUUUGCUUGGGUGUGUAUCUCUCAACAAUGUGAUGACACAACAGUUAUGAAAGAAAUUUUUAUGAAACUUUGCAGCAUGUCAGAUGAGCAAAGACAAGGAAUUGCAAAUCUAAGUAAUGAGGAAAUAGCAGAGAGGCUGUGCAAUUUCCAACGAGACAGAAAAUGUUUGGUGGUGCUCGAUGAUAUUUGGGCUCUUGAUGCAUGGAACUCUUUUAAAGGUGGAAUUUCAAUGAAUGAGGAAACCGAGAGCCGCAUAUUACUGACCACUCGCAACAGAGAAGUAGCUUCACUUGCAAGAGGAAACAACUUCCUCUAUGAAUCUCGGGCACUAAGUGCAGAUGAAGGCUGGAACUUGUUUCGCAAGAUAGCAAUCUCUGAAGUCAAUGAUCCAAGUAUGCUCUCAUAA